AUGGCUUCAGAAUCUGAAAAAAGUAGCCACAGUCAAAGCUCAAACCCAUCUAAAGAUGUUGGUAACUCAAAAGGGAAGAAGCGGAACCCUAAUUCGAAGAACCCACAGCCACAGAAGAAAAGAAGAUUACGGGAGGCUUCAGAAGGAAAGAAGAAGAGGUCAUGGGUGUGGAGCCACUUUAAAAUUGUCCAUAAGCCACUUAUGGUUGCAAAUGAAGAGGGUGUGAAGGUGGAAGUUGGAAAAACUACCCGGGCUGAAUGUAGUGCUAGAAACGUAAGAGAGGGUCAGAAACAUUUUGCAGUGGAUUUAGAGGGUAAAGAUGUUGUUGUUACACAUUGGACACAAGAAAAUUGCACUAAUGCUGCUGUUGAAAUGAUUGUGAUUGAUGAAAUGCCAUUUUCUGCAAUUGAAAAGAGUGGUUUUAGGAGAUUUUGUGCUGUAGCUGUUCCUAAGUGGCAAAUUCCUUGUAGGAAAGUUGUGGUUAAGUCUUUCUUAACAUAUGAGUUGAAGUUGGCAUUUGAUAGGCUAGCAGAGGAGGACAGUAAAUAUAAGGGUUACUUUGAUGAAGAUGAAGAUGAUGAAAAUGAUGAGGAUGAUGUGACUGAUUUGAUAUUUGGUACUGAGGGGGCAGAGGGUGAGAAAAGAAAAAGAAAAAACAGAGGGAAAAAGAGGGCUGGGCCACCAAAUGAAGAAGACUGGUUUAACCUGGGCCGCUGGUUCGUGAAGCAGCUUCCAGAGCUGAAGGGGAGCUCAGGUAGCUCAGCCGAGCCGGGGGAGAGGAGGUCCGAUGAGAACGAAUUCAUCGGUCAGCCUGACAUGAAAGCUGCGCUCGUCGGCGUCGCUGUAAACGGCGACGGCUCGAAUUCUCAAUCUCCGGGCGGUGCGGAUAAAUCUGCACGAGAUUUCGCCUCUGUUCGCGAUCAAUAUCUUCCCGAUUCAAGCGCUUAG